UAAAUUAAUUGGUUUACAUGAAGGUUAUGGUGUUUCCAAAUCGCGGUAUAUAUACUGUAAUUUUUUUUAAAAUGUUUACUAGUAAUGGCAGUGAUCAGCGACUUAUAGCGGGACUGCAGUGGGCAUUCUGACACUGGGGGGAACUGACUCGGUGUCACUGACAUCCCCAGUGACACCAAUACAGUGAUCAGUGCUAAUAAAAAGCACUGACACUGUACUAAUGGCACUAGGCAGGAAGGGGUUAUCAUGUGGGGUGAUCAAAGGGUUAACUGUGUGCUCUGUGUGUGUGUGCUAUACUGUAAGCACACUGCUUUGUAUGGCUCUGCUAUGCAAAGCCAUAAAAAGCAGUGUGCAGGAGCUGACA